CGUGGGAGCAAGAAAUCUCUUUCAAGAAGUUGUAGCCAGAACACAGCCACCGGGGCCACGACGAAUCCAACAUUCCGGAGUUUAUCGUUUAUAGGGAGGAGCAAAAGCAGCAGCAAUAGGAUGACGGAAUCCGGUGGAUUUAUGCCGACAACCACGGUUCCAAGAAGCUUUGCAAACCCGAUUUUGUAUUCGAGUUCCUCAGCCAAAGUGGCUAAACCUUCUCCAACAGAGAAGAAACUACGCUGUACGCUCGAGGAGCUAUGCAACGGAUGUACCAAGAAGAUCAAGAUCACAAGAGAUGCAAAUGUGCGAGGAAGAGACGGUGGAAAUAAAAGUGAAACCGGGAUGGAAAGGAGGGACGAAAGUAACAUUCCAAGGCAAUGGGGAGUAGAAGGAGAUGACCUCGAAAUGGCGGUGGAAGUCUCUCUACUCGAAGCUUUAACGGGAUGCGAGCUCUCUGUUGCUUUACUUGAUGGUGAUAAUAUGAGUUUGAGGAUAGAAGAUGUUAUUCACCCUGGAUAUGUUACAGUGGUUCAAGGCAAAGGAAUGCCAAAUCUAAAGGAGAAAGGGAAGAGAGGAGAUUUGAGAGUUCGGUUUCGGACUAAGUUCCCGCAACAUCUUACAGAUGAACAAAGGGCAGAGAUUCAUAGCAUUCUUCAAGACUCUUCUUGAUUUGUUUGCUUAAGACUUUCUUUCCCUUUAUAGGGGAGCUUUUACAACAUGGUUUAGAUAAAAAUCCAAAGAGAUUUUUACUCUGUGUCAUCUUUGUUUGUAAACAACCAAGUUGAAAUGAAGAAACCGGUUUCCAUAAUCAACCGAAAACUUUUAU